AGCCCACAAUCUGUCGUUUGUAAACAGAUUUCGCGACUCCCAUAAUUUCCCCGCCCCCAAAUUCCUGCUCGCCUGUGAAGGGGCGACAUUUCUCAAGGAAGCUGAGAGGAAAGUUCCGUGAACAUUGCCGACAGACGCUCAACUUAUGAUCAACUUUUAGCUGACGAUAAAUUAGUCUCUCUGAAUCGCGAUCUGGCGAGUAAUUUGACGGAUACGCUGAUAAACAGUCGUUUCUGGGGUCGUUGAAGCGAAGCUGCGCUUCCGUGACGAUGGAAAUAAUGGAGAGCGGGGAGCCGUUUUUACAAUGGGACAAAAAUCUCAGCGAAUUGUCAGAAGCCGGUGAAAAUGACAUUUUAUACAGCACUCACUUCACGGAUCUGCUGGAUGAUUUGUCCCAGGAGGCUUUGCUCGGGCAGCUAUUGAGCGACCCGUUUCUGUCGGGCCGUGGAGAUGCGAUGGACACUGAGGAGGAACUGACCCGUGCGUCUCCAGUGCCGCCACACAUCCAGGCUGAACACAGUUACUCUCUGUGUGGAGACUCGCGCCCGCAGUCGCCGCUCUCUCAUCUGCCUGGAGAACCCGGCAGUGACGCUGCUGAUUCAGAGUCGGACGAGUGGCCGAUGGAGCAGGAGGAUAAAGGAUUAAAGAUGGAGCCUCUUCUGUGUGUCCCGCUGCCCACCCUGACCCUCACAGUGACCCCUGCAGGCCCUGCCCCCGAGCCUGUGAUUGACAGCAGUGACUCCGCCCAAUCUCUGGGUCUCCCUCAGGUGAAGGAGGACAGCUUAAACAGUCCAAAGAUUAAACUGGAGCCCCAUGAAGUCGACCAGUUCUUAAACCUCUCACCUAAAGGUCUGGAGUGUCUUCAGAUGCCGCCGACUCCUCCCAGCUCAGUGGGCAGUGAUUCAGAGGGCAGUCAGAGUCCCGUUCACCCCUGCGCUCCUGCCAGUCCCACACAGACCCCCGCAGUCCUCAAGGUGGCGCCGCGAGCCCCUUCAUCUCUGUCCAGCUCUCCCCUGCUGACCGCUCCACAUAAACUGCAGGGCUCUGGUCCCCUUUUAUUGACCGAGGAGGAGAAACGGACCCUUAUUGCUGAAGGAUACCCCGUGCCCACAAAACUGCCACUGUCCAAGGGAGAGGAGAAAGCUCUGAAGAAGAUCCGCAGAAAGAUCAAGAACAAGAUUUCAGCACAAGAGAGUCGCAGGAAAAAGAAAGAGUAUGUGGAUGCUUUAGAGAAGAAGGUGGAGACGUGCUCCAAUGAGAACCACGAGUUACGCAGGAAAGUGGAAAACCUGGAGUGCACCAACAAGUCUCUGCUGCAGCAGCUGCACUCUCUGCAGGCGGUGGUGACAGGAAAGGUCCCGCGGUCCUGCAGGGUGACGGGCACCCAGACCUCCACCUGCCUCAUGGUGGUGGUUCUGUGUUUUUCGCUCUUCUUGGGGAGUUUCUGUCCAGGCCUGAGCCCCUGCUCCUCCAUCACCAAAACAGACCUGAGCAGAGAGAUCUCCAUACACGACUCCUACACCACCACAGUGAAGUCCCGGAGCCUGCUGUCCAUUCAGGAGCCCGGGGGUCUGGACGAGCCUCAUCCCAUCGGUCUGGGAGGUGAAUAUCCAGAACGGGACCGUCAGGCUGACGUAAUGGCAGCCUGGCGCUUUGAACAGCUGCACAAACAAGAAGAGGCGGAGCUACACGAAGCAGAGCACCGCCCACUUUUACUCAGCACCAAUGAAACACAUGCGCAAAAAGCCAUUCUCAUAGACCUGCACACGCACAGAUCAAAUGAGACAGCGAAAGUCAUACAGUUGGACAGGACCGUCAACGAGACGUCAUGAGAUUAAGAUCUACAGCGCCGGGGCGAUAGGCUCUGUAUUUAUAGAUAUGCUUUAUAAAAGAUGGUUCACCCCAAACAUGAAAAUGUAGAGGAGAAUAUUUCCAAAAUGUUUGUGAUGGAAACCAGCAGCCAUUGACUUCCAUUGUAAAGCGACUAUUGUACUUAAUGGCAAGCAAUUUCCUACAUUCUUCAUUAUAUUUCACUUUUUUAUGCUCAACAGAAACUCAAACACAAGUAUGAUCAGCAAAUGAGUUGUUUUUGGGUGAACUAUCUCUUUAAAUAUUAUUUUACUUAGUCCUUUUUUAUUUAAUAAACCAGAAAAUAACUAGAGUUGGGCAAAGAUUAAUCGCAUCCAAAAUAAAAGUUUGUUUUGACAUAAUAUAUGUGUGUGUACUAGGUAUAUAUUUGAGAAUUUUAAAAAAUAUUAUUUUUACAGUGGCUGAGAGAGCUUGACGUGCUGCAAUUUAGGACAACACAUGCAAUUAUGCAAACAAAUAAAAAAAAAAAGUGCUACAUUUUCUCAACGCAAACAAAUUAAGAAAACGCGCUACAUUUUCUCACAACGCAAACAAAUUAAGAAAACAUGCUACAUUUUCUCAACGCAAACAAAUUAAGAAAAUGCGCUACAUUUUCUCGCUACGCAAACAAAUUAAAGAAACGCUACAAUUUCUCGCUACGCAAACAAAUUAAGAAAACGCGCUACAUUUUCUCACAAUGCAAACAAAUUAAAUAUGCUACAUUUUCUCACAACGCAAACAAAUUAAGAAAACGCGCUACAUUUUCUCGCGACACAAACAAAUUAAACAUGCAACAUUUUCUCACAACGCAAAAAAAUUAAGAAAACGCGCUACAUUUUCUCGCUACGCAAACAAAUGAAAUAAACGCUACAUUUUCUCGCAUCGCAAACAAAUUAGGAAAACAUGCUACAUUUUCUCAACGCAAACAAAUUAAAGAAGCUCUACAUUUUCUCAACGCAAACAAAUUAAGAAAAUGCGCUACAUUUUCUCGCUACGCAAACAAAUGAAAGAAACGCUACAUUUUCUCACAACGCAAAAUAAUAACGAAAAACUCGCUGUUUUCGUUAUUAUGAGUACCGAAACAUGCAAAAAAAUUAAGAAAAAGCGCUACAUUUUCGUGCACUCAAACAAAUUAAGAAAAUGCGCUACAUUUUCACAAAACGCAAACAAAUUAAGAAAACGCACUACAUUUUCUCGUAACGCAAACAAAUUAAACACGCUACAUUUUCACACAGCGCAAAAUAAUAACGGAAAACCUGCUGUUAUGAGUACCGAAACACGCAAAAAACUAGAGAAAACGCGCUACAUUUUCACACAACGCAAAUUAAGAAAACACGCUACAUUGUCUCACAAUGCAAACAAAUUAAGAAAACACGCUACAUUGUCUCACAACGCAAACAAAUUAAGAAAACACGCUACAUUGUCUCACAACGCAAACAAAUUAAGAAAACGCGCUACAUUUUCUCACAACGCAAACAAAUUAAGAAAACGUGCUGCAGUUUUGUCAAACGGAUAAAGAUCUUUUCUUAAUUUGCUGGUGUUUUUUGUAAUUGCAUGUGUUUUCUUAAAUUGCGGCACGUUAAGCUUUCUCAGCCACCAUAUAUUUGGAUAUAAAAUAUAUAUAUUAUAUAUAUAUAUGUGAUACAAAUUAUAUGUAAACUAAAAAUAUCUAUGCAACAAAACAGUAUUGAUUUUACAUAUGUUUGUCGAUCACUUAUACAUAAUAAACAUAUAUAAUUCACACACAUAUGUUAUAUUAUAACAAUUAUUGUAUUGUAUUAAAACAAACUUGUAUUUUGGAUGCGAUUAAUCACAACUAAUCUUUGCCCAGCACAAAAAAAUGACAAAUAUAUUUUUACUCCAUUCCAUAUUCAAUUUUGACACUUUUUAUACACUGUUCUUUUUAUAUAUUAACAUAUACUUUGAUUUAUUUCUUUUAAGGUUUUCAUUAUUUUUAAUUAUUUGCCUGUUUGCCCCAUGCUACUGAGGAUAUGUGUGGUAAUAUUUGAAAUCUGUCUGUCGUAUGUAGCAUGUCAAUCAAAAUCAGACAUCCAAAGAUGAAAACAAUUGGCUAAAAGCCCUCUGUUUACAGUGCAAACUUGUCUGAAUAUGUAAAUAUUUGCGCUGUUGUAAGUAUGUUGGGAGAAAAACGAAUUGUGUGAUUGAGAUGUUGGUCAUAAAAGAGCCACAAUAUGGAUGUGACAUGAAAAGGAACGGAUGCUCUCCAGCCCGCGCUCCCUCUUUUAUGCGGUUUAAGGUCUUUAAAGGACAGAUGGCCCUUUUUGUCCUCAUCUGGCCACCAUCCAAACCCCCGUCUGCGCUCUUUUGGGAGUAAAAGGCCGUGCUGAAAAAUCUGGUGUUCCCUGUGCCAGAUAUGAACGCUUUUGAAAACCCAUGUGCAUCCCAACUCACUUGCGCUGCGUCCCCCAUUGCAUUGUUAUUUAUUACUUCAUUUUUUUAAUAGCAUGCCUGCAAUACUUCUUCAGUCCUGCAAACAAGAGCAUUUUGAAGGAGGUGGAUUGGUCCUGAUGUGACACAUUUGUCAGUGCUUAAUGAUGUGUGUUUUUGCGCUUAUAAGAUGCAGUGUGUCUUAAUUACGUUACAUUUUCAUUGCGUCACAGUUUCGGGCUCUUAAAAUGAUCUUCCUGAAAUCACUCUGCCUUGUUUUGUUUAUCUUUUGUCCUGUUUUCUGCAAAGCAAAUAAAUAUUUUCCUUAGUAAAAGCAUUGUAAA